GUUAAACAUAGACGGAAUUAGUAGUUGAAAGAGGUACUGAAAAUGCAACUUAAAGAGUUCUAAUCCGGAAUUCGCGUGGAACAUUCUUUCUUCUCGAGUAAGGUUUGGAUGAGAUUAAUUUACAAAUAUGAUUCUUAAGAUUCCUAAACCCAAAAACUUGUACGAUUCUGGGCGUUGGUAGUUUCCCAGGGAAAGAGAAAGAGUGGUUACCUGAAAUUGAAUUCAAUGGCGACGAGAAAUCGAACUCUAGAGUUCAGAAAACACAGAGACGCCGUGAAAAGCGUGCGCGCUCCUCUCUCCUCCUCAGCAUCUAGUCCUGUCAUCGAAAUGGUUACAACUUCGCUUCUUCCUUCUAAUCGAUCCUCCUAUGCUCCUCUAAGCACCCAGGAACAUGCUCCAUCCACUUCUAGGGAUGCGUUUACUGUGGGGUUGCCGCCAUCUUGGGUGGAUGAUUCUGAAGAAAUAGCUACAAAUAUACAACGUGCUAGGGUUAGAAUUUCUGAGUUAACCAAAGCUCAUGCGAAGGCUUUGAUGCCUUCCUUUGGGGAUGGCAAAGAGGAUCAGCGUCAUAUUGAGACUCUCACCCAGGAAAUUACUUCUCUCCUCAGAAAGUCUGAAGUGAGGCUCAAAAGACUUUCUGCCGCUGCUGGAUCUUCUGAGGAUUCUAAUGUUAGAAAAAAUGUUCAGCGUUCCCAUGCUACAGAUCUUCAGAACCUGUCAAUGGAUCUCCGGCGAAAACAGUCAGCAUAUUUGAAACAUUUGCAGCAGCAACAAGAGGGUUAUGAUGGGGUUGACUUGGAGAUGAACUUUAAUGGGAGCAAAUUUGUAUCCCAUAAUGAUGAAUUCAGUGAUGUGGGUUUUAGUGAAGAGCAAAUGACCAAGCUAAAGAGAAGUGAGCAGUUCUCAGAGGAAAGGGAGAGAGAGAUUGAACAGGUUGUCAAAUCAGUCCAUGAACUUGCUCAAAUCAUGAAGGAUCUCUCUGUCCUUGUGAUAGACCAGGGAACAAUUGUGGAUAGAAUUGACUACAACAUUCAGAGUGUUUCUACAUCCGUUGAAGAGGGUCUUAAGCAGUUGCAAAAGGCAGAGAGAAUACAGAAAAAAGGAGGGAUGGUUAUGUGUGCAUCAACGCUUGUUAUAAUGUGCUUUGUCAUGCUAGUUCUCUUGAUACUCAAGGAGAUUCUCUUCUAGUCGUUACUGAGCACUUUACUGGCCGGCAUCAUGUUAAUUCUUCCGUUCAAUGAUAAUCAUGAUGCCGGUAUCAUUGGGGCACUAUGAUAAUGCGUUUCAGGUUUGGGGAUUUGUUUUUGAAGUGCCAUGGGCUAAAAUGAUUGGCUCCUUAUUGAGAGGCAAAUUGGGGAUGGCACUGGACAGCAUCCCUUCGUGCUAACAUUGCUAUUAGUUUUAACAAAUCCUGUAAGGAGGGAUUUUCAGCAAGUUCAUCUUCCAGUGGCCAAUUUUUUUAGAAAAAAGGAUAGUAGUGCUAGAUAGAAAACAAUUUCGUGUUCAAAGAUAGAUCCUGUAUAAAGACGAAGCAGAAGGGCAACUUGUUGUACAAUACAUCCGAGAGUCAUCAAACAUGUUGAUAUUUUGUAAACUGUUUUUUUUUUUUCCUGUUUAGCACUUCUCAAUUCACAUGCUUUACGCUCAUUUUAUACCGUUGUUUAUAAUCCGCUUGGAAAAAAAAAUCAAAAUUGUAUAGUGAUUUUUAUUCA